AUGUUAAGAGUUUGGACCUUAAAUAAUAGUGAGAUGAUAAUAAUAGGUGUCAUUGUAAAGCUCGGUGUCCCAUACAAAAGAUCCACGUACAGCGACCUAGAUGUGUUGCAGUUUCGUGUGUCAUCGCAACCCUUCGAGUAUUGGUGGUCUAAAUAUAAAAGCCUUAGCGUGGUCUACACGGCACAGUUUGCGCUGAGCGCGCGCACAGUGCAUUUGAUUUAG